AUGUCUUCUUUUUCUGAUUUCCCCUCUGAGAUUGAUUAUGGCACUACUAGUGCUGACCCGUUCAACGACCGCCAGUGGCGAUCGGAUCUGGCUUCCCUGACCGAUAUCGAAAUAAAUGCUUUCUCCGAUGGUAUGGAAGGAGGGUAUCCCCAUGAAGAACCCAUGAAUCCCUUCUCCUCGCCUCAUGAUAUGUCUGCUCUAUAUAAUGAGGAUGCAACCAUAGGUCUCAACGACACUUUUGUCCCAAACGAAGCUACCACAGAGAACCAUAUACCAUCUCGCUGCAGUAUGGCGACACUCAAUUCACCCUUCUACCCAAAUACCCCAAUCACCCAGAAUGCAGGGCCCUUGAACAAUGUUCUCUCGGCUAUGGCGAAAGAAUUCGCUGUAAAAUCGGCUAGCAUGCUUGAUACAAUGGAAGAUAUGAAGCGGAAUUUCGACUACUUGUCUAGUCAAGUUCAAGAUCUAAAAUCUCAAUUUGGAGUACAAGUUCAAGAACUGAAAAGUCAAGUCCAUGUUGCUUCGAAUGAUAUCAAUCAUUUGCAAGACCAACUUGCUCUAGUUAGAAGCAACGAGAAAGAGUCUUCUUUAUUUUGGGCUUCGAUUACAAGCAGGGCGAAAGAAUUCGAGAAUAAAUAG